UUUUAAGACCAUAUAAUAAAUUAAUAACAUUAAUAUUGUCGUGUAAGUUUUGUAUGGUAGAUGAAGCUGUCUGAACUCUCUGUUUCUUCACUGUCCAAACAUCAGUAGCAACUUCACUUUCUCGGAGGUAGCUGAUGAGAGGUUUGAGUUGUAUGUGUAAAAGGGUUUGAAAAGAAACAUGGCUUACAACAGAAGGGGGUCUGAUCAGCAGCAGCAGCAGCCGCCGCCGCCUAGGCGGGGGCUGCUGAGGACUCAGACUGCUGGUAAUUUAGGGGAAACAAUGAUGGACAGUGAAGUUGUGCCGUCGUCUUUGGUUGAAAUUGCGCCAAUUCUUCGUGUAGCUAAUGAAGUGGAACCUUCCAAUCCCAGGGUUGCUUAUCUCUGUCGGUUCUAUGCCUUUGAAAAAGCUCACAAACUCGAUCCAACAUCAAGCGGACGUGGUGUCCGCCAGUUUAAGACUGCGCUGCUGCAACGCCUAGAAAGGGAAGAUAAAGCGACGAUAGUAGGAAGGAAAAAAAGUGAUGCUCGUGAAAUGCAGAAUUUUUAUCAACACUACUAUGCCAAGUACAUAGAAGCUCUGCAGAAUGCCACAGAUAAAGCAGAUCGUACUCGGCUCACAAAAGCUUAUCAAACUGCUGCUGUUUUAUUCGACGUUUUGAAGGCUGUUAAUUUGACCGAAUCUGUUGACAUGGCUGAUGAGAUUAUCGAAGCUCACAAUAAGGUUGCAGAGAAGGCAGAGAUAUAUGUACCAUAUAACAUACUUCCUCUUGAUUCCGAGAGUAAAAAUCAAGCAAUUAUGAGAUAUACAGAGAUUCAAGCGGCCGUUCAGGCCCUGCGCAACACCAGGGGUCUACCUUGGUCCAAGGGCAAGAAGAAAAAAGAAGAUGAAGAUAUUCUAGACUGGCUUCAGGCAAUGUUUGGCUUUCAGAAAGAUAACGUGUCAAAUCAAAGGGAGCACUUGAUUUUAUUGUUGGCAAAUGUGCAUAUUCGGCAAUUACCAAAACCCGAGCAGCAGCCUGUGUUGGAUGAUCGGGCCCUUACAGAAGUGAUGAAAAAGCUAUUCAAAAACUACAAAGGGUGGUGCAAGUAUUUGGGUCGCAAAAGUAGUCUGUGGUUGCCUAAUAUUCAACAAGAUGUACAGCAAAGAAAGCUGUUAUACAUUGGUCUAUACCUUCUCAUUUGGGGGGAGGCUGCAAACUUAAGAUUCAUGCCGGAAUGCCUUUGCUAUAUCUAUCAUCAUAUGGCUUUUGAACUGUAUGGUAUGUUGGCUGGGAAUGUCAGUCAAAUGACUGGUGAGCAUGUCAAGCCUGCGUAUGGUGGGGACGAUGAAGCUUUCUUAAGGAAAGUAGUAACUCCAAUUUACAACACAAUAGCAGAGGAAGCUAGAGGGAGCAGAGAAGAGAAAUCCAAACAUUCACGGUGGAGGAAUUAUGAUGAUUUAAAUGAAUACUUCUGGUCUGUUGACUGUUUUAAACUAAGCUGGCCUAUGCGUGCCGAUGCUGAUUUCUUUUGUCAGCCUAUUGGUCAUCUCAGCAUCCAGAAAAAUAAUGCAGAAAGAGAAGUUCAUAAGGAUCGAUGGAAGGCAAAAAUUAAUUUUGUUGAAAUACGUUCCUUUUGGCAUAUCUUUAGAAGUUUCGACAGAAUGUGGAGCUUCUUUAUAUUGUCGUUGCAGGCAAUGAUUAUAAUGGCUUGGAGCGAAUCAGGACAGCCAACUUCUAUAUUUGAGGAUGAUGGAUUUAAAAAAGUGCUGAGUCUAUUCAUUACAGCAGCAAUAUUGAAAUUUGCCCAAGCUGUUCUUGAUAUCAUAAUGAGCUGGAAAGCGUUACAUAGUAUGUCAGCCCAUGUGAAGCUAAGGUACAUUUUAAAGGCCGUCUUUGCUGCAGUGUGGAUGAUAGUAUUACCUGUCACUUAUGCCUACUCUUGGAGCAAUACCACUGGGUUGGCACAAACCAUAAGAAGCUGGUUUGGGAAUGGCCAGAGUUCACCUUCUUUAUUCGUUAUGGCAGUUCUUUUAUACCUAUUUCCAAACAUGCUCUCUACAUUGUUGUUCGUGUUUCCUUUUAUCCGCUUGCGUCUAGAGAAGUCAAACAAUAUGAUUGUCAGCCUAAUUAUGUGGUGGUCUCAGACUCGGCUAUAUGUUGGGAGGGGAAUGCAAGAGAGCACACUUUCUCUAAUCAAGUAUACUACAUUUUGGGUUCUUCUUAUAGUCUCAAAGUUGGCAUUUAGUUACUAUGUCGAGAUAAAGCCUCUAGUUGGCCCCACAAAGGCAAUUAUGAAGGUCCAUGUAAGAAAUUACCAGUGGCAUGAGUUUUUCCCCCAAGCUAAAAACAAUAUUGGUGUUGUUAUUUCACUCUGGGCUCCUAUUAUUCUUGUCUAUUUCAUGGACACUCAGAUAUGGUAUGCAAUUUUUUCAACAAUUCUCGGUGGCAUGUAUGGUGCAUUUCGUCGUCUUGGAGAGAUCCGAAGUUUGGUGAUGUUAAGAUCUCGGUUUCAGUCUCUACCUGGAGCAUUUAACAACUGCUUAAUUCCAGUGGAGAAUAAAGAAAGACCUAAGAAAGGACUGAAGUCCACAUUAUCUCACAAAUUUCCAGAGUUUCAGAUCCCUUCUAAUAAAGAUAAGGAGGCAGCUCGAUUUGCUCAAUUGUGGAACCAGAUAAUUACUACUUUUAGGGACGAGGAUUUGAUAAGUAAUAGUGAAAAGAGCCUUCUACUCAUGCCUUAUUGGUCAAACCGUGAUUUAGAUCUCAUCCAGUGGCCUCCUUUUCUACUUGCUAGCAAGCUUCCCAUAGCUUUGGACAUGGCAAAAUAUAGUCGCGGAAGACACAAUGAUCUAAUAAAGAGGUUGGAAACGGACAAUUACAUGCGGUAUGCUGUCAUUGAGUGCUAUGCAUCAUGUAAAAAUAUUAUCAACUUUUUGGUUUUGGGGGAGCGCGAAAAAUUAGUUCUAGAGGAGAUUUUUUCCAAAGUUGAUCAUCAUAUACAUAAUGCUGAUGUGAUAAGUGGGUUGAAUAUCAGUUCUCUCCCUAGUCUCUGUGAUCAACUCAUUCGACUCAUAGAGUAUUUGAAAGAAAACAAUAAAGAUGACAAGGAUAACGUCGUCAUUGUGUUACAGAACAUGCUCGAGGUUGUGACAAGAGACAUCAUAACGGAGGACCUAAUUCAUAGUUUGGUAGAAUCAAGCCAUGGUGGAUCAUAUCCUGUGGAUGAGGAUGAAGGAAUGAAACCUCUAAGUGCACAAAGCCAGUUUUUUGGUAAGCUUAAUUUUCCGGUUACUGAGGAAACGGAAGCUUGGAUGGAGAAAAUUAGGAGGCUCCACCUAUUACUUACUGUGAAGGAAUCAGCUAUGGAUGUCCCAUCCAAUUUAGAAGCUAGAAGGCGCAUGUCUUUCUUCUCAAAUUCGUUGUUUAUGGACAUGCCUACUGCACCCAAAGUUCGCAAUAUGCUUUCCUUCUGUGCCCUGACUCCAUAUUAUGUUGAGGAUGUUCUUUUCUCCAUCAAAAGUCUAGAGAAACCAAAUGAAGAUGGUGUUUCUAUCCUCUUCUACUUGCAAAAGAUAUAUCCAGAUGAGUGGACCAACUUUCUUGAACGCGUCGAACGAAAAAAUGAAGAAGAACUUAAAGAAAGUUUAGAGAUGGAAGAUCAACUUCGCCUAUGGGCAUCAUAUAGAGGCCAAACACUGACAAAAACUGUUCGAGGCAUGAUGUACUAUCGGCAAGCUUUAGAACUUCAGGCUUUCCUGGAUAUGGCCAAGGAUGAUGAGUUAAUGAAAGGUUAUAAAGCCGCGGAAUCUAAUACUGAGGAAGAUUUAAGAAAUGAAAGGUCAUUAUUGGCCCAAUGUCAAGCUGUGGCAGAUAUGAAGUUCACUUAUGUUGUAUCAUGCCAGCAGUAUGGCAUUCAUAAAAGGUCUCGUGAUCCACGUGCACAAGACAUUCUGAGGCUCAUGACAACCUAUCCUUCACUUCGUGUUGCUUAUGUUGAUGAGGUUGAAGAGACAAACAAGGGUCAAACGAAGAAUAAGCUUAAAAAAGUCUAUUAUUCAGUGCUUGUGAAGGCUGUACCAAAGUCGCUUGAUUCUGCAGAGCCAGUUCAAAACUUAGAUGAGGUUAUAUAUCGGAUAAAACUUCCAGGGCCUGCUAUUCUGGGUGAAGGAAAGCCAGAAAAUCAAAACCAUGCAUUGAUAUUUACUCGGGGAGAAGGUUUACAAACUAUUGAUAUGAAUCAGGAUAACUAUAUGGAAGAAGCCUUUAAGAUGAGGAACUUACUUGAAGAAUUUCUCCCUCGGAAGAACUUCCAGAAUGACUGGAACAAGGACUCGGAAAAACGUGGUUUUAAGAAUCCAACGAUACUGGGAUUCAGGGAGCAUAUAUUUACUGGAAGUGUUUCCUCCCUGGCAUGGUUCAUGUCCAAUCAGGAGACUAGUUUUGUAACAAUUGGACAGAGGCUUUUGGCUAGCCCUUUAAAAGUCCGGUUCCAUUAUGGCCAUCCUGAUGUGUUUGAUAGACUGUUUCACCUGACCAGAGGGGGUAUUAGUAAAGCUUCGACAAUCAUCAACCUAAGCGAGGACAUAUUUGCAGGUUUCAAUUCUACACUGCGUGGAGGGAACAUUACUCAUCACGAGUAUAUUCAGGUUGGUAAAGGGAGGGAUGUGGGCCUUAAUCAAAUUUCCCAAUUCGAAGCAAAGAUAGCAAAUGGAAAUGGGGAGCAGACGAUGAGUCGUGAUAUCUACAGGCUUGGACACCGAUUUGACUUCUUCCGCAUGCUUUCUUGCUAUUUCACGACCAUCGGGUUUUAUUUCAGCAAUUUGAUUACUGUCCUUAUAGUCUAUGUAUUCCUCUAUGGCCGGCUUUAUCUUGUUCUCAGUGGACUAGAGGAAGCAAUGAGCAAGGAGCCAGCAAUUCGAGACAAUAAACCCCUACAAGUAGCUCUUGCUUCUCAGUCUUUUGUGCAGAUUGGAUAUUUAAUGGCAUUACCUAUGGUGAUGGAAAUAGGUCUCGAGCAUGGAUUUAGCAAGGCAUUUACUGAUUUCGUUCUUAUGCAACUACAGCUGGCACCAAUAUUCUUUACGUUUUCUCUUGGAACAAAAACCCAUUAUUUUGGUAGAACCUUGCUUCAUGGGGGAGCAGAAUACAGAGGGACAGGUCGUGGCUUCGUCGUCUUCCAUGCCAAGUUUGCUGAGAACUAUAGGCUGUACUCUCGUAGUCACUUUGUCAAGGGAAUUGAACUUAUGGUUUUGCUUCUUGUUUAUCAUAUAUUCGGUCGAGCCUAUGAAGGAGUUCUUGCAUAUUUAUUAAUUACUAUAUCUAUAUGGUUUAUGGUGGGAUCAUGGCUUUUUGCUCCUUUCCUCUUCAAUCCAUCAGGGUUUGAGUGGCAAAAAAUAGUUGAAGACUGGAGUGACUGGAAAAAGUGGAUGCUCAACCGGGGAGGUAUCGGCGUGUCACAGGAAAAAAGUUGGGAAUCAUGGUGGGAGAAGGAACAGAAUCAUCUCAAGUUUUCUGGGGCUCGUGGCAUCAUUGUGGAGAUUUUGUUGUCAUUGCGCUUCUUUAUUUAUCAGUAUGGACUUGUAUAUCAUCUGACCUUUGCGAAGCACUCCAAAAGUUUUCUGGUUUACGGACUAUCCUGGAUAGUGAUAUUAGUAAUAUUGUUUGUGGUAAAGGCUGUAUCUGUUGGGCGGCGGAAAUUUAGUGCCAAUUUUCAGCUUGUGUUUCGAAUGAUUAAUGGUGUGAUCUUCAUCAUAUCCGUUGCUGCAUUGAUUACUCUUGUAGUGUUAGUCGACAUGCAAUUUCGUGACAUUGUGGUGUGCAUUCUUGCAUUGAUGCCAUCAGGAUGGGGAUUACUCCUGAUUGCUCAAGCUCUGAAACCUCUUGUUGUAAAAGCCGGAAUAUGGGCAUCAGUUCAGACACUUGCCCGUGGCUAUGAAAUGUUCAUGGGUUUGCUUCUAUUCACUCCUGUUGCGUUCCUAGCCUGGUUUCCAUUUGUUUCAGAAUUUCAAACGCGUAUGCUUUUCAACCAAGCAUUCAGUAGAGGCCUGCAAAUUUCUCGUAUUCUUGGGGGACCGGAAGAUAAAUCUUCUAGGAAUAAGGAAUGAUUUUUUCUCCCAAAAACUCUGUUAGAUAAGUUCACAUUGUAUGAGACACAAAAGAUGCAAAUCCUGUAUUACAAGUAUAAACAAGAAUAAUGUGUAAAAAAACUCUUGCAUAACAGUGUAGGUGUAUAAUUGCAAAUGGCUUUGUACAUAUAGAUUAUAGCCUCUGUAAUACAUAUCAUAUGCCAAGUAUAUUACUAUUGCAGCUCGUUAUAUCAAAUUUGCAGAUGCAGCUAAUUUUUUGAGUCCA